CAAUAUUUUUUUAGAAAGCUUUGAAAGCAACCAGAAACCGGGUGGACUCUCUCCAACUACCAAUCCGCAUCCAUUCUCCACCGAAAGGACCGAAACCCCAAAGGUCACAAUAGGCGUUAUUCUUCAUCUGCACUGCGUUUCUUCACUCGAUUCAUUUCGUGCGGCGAAAGUCGGCCAUGGACGCGGCGAAGGUGAAGGAGCUGAAGCUCUUCGUGGAGCAGUGCAGGAAGAACCCUGAGAUCCUCGGCGACCCCUCUAUUUCUUUCUUCAGAGAUUACCUUGAAAGUUUGGGAGCCAAGCUUCCCCCGGCAUCUUACGGCUCCGCGAAGUCACCUCGAGCUGGUGAUACGAAAAGUAAAGUGGUGGAUGAAGAUGAUGAUCUUGAUGAGGAUGAUUUGAGUGAUGAGGCUGGUCCAGAAGUCCAGGAAUCAGAUGAUGAAAUUAUAGAAUCUGACGUUGAGCUUGAGGGGGAGAUUGUAGAAGCAGAUAAUGAUCCUCCGCAAAAGAUGGGAGAUCCUUCUAUUGAGGUUACGGAAGAAAACCGAGAUGCCUCACAAGAGGAGAAGGGGAAAGCCAUGGAGGCACUUUCCGAAGGCAAGUUUGAUGAAGCAAUCGCACAUCUCUCAGAGGCAAUUCUGCUGACUGCUAUAAUGUAUGCCACCAGAGCUACGGUUUACAUCAAGAUGAAGAAGCCAAAUGCUGCAAUUCGUGAUGCAAAUGCUGCAUUGGAGAUCAACCCUGACUCUGCUAAAGGUUACAAAUCUCGUGGCAUAGCAUUAGCCAUGCUUGGCAAAUGGGAAGAUUCGGCAAAAGACCUUCACGUGGCAUCCAAAUUGGAUUUCGAUGAAGAAAUCAAUAAUAUUCUUAAAAAGGUUGAACCGAAUGCGCACAAGCUUGAAGAGCACCGCAGGAAGUAUGAGCGCUUGCGGAAGGAAAGAGCUGAUAAGAAAGCUGAAAGGGAGAGGCAGCGUCGCAGAGCUGAAGCUCAGGCUGCUUAUGAAAAGGCAAAGAAGAAUGAGCAGUCAUCUUCGGCUAAUACUGGGUGGGGAUCACCACGCGGCACGCCUGGCGGAUUUCCUGGUGGCGGAUCGCCUCGUGGCAACCCUGGUGGGUUUCCUGGAGGUAUGCCGGGAGGUUUUCCCGGUGCCAUGCCGGGAUCUGCGCCUGGAAACAUUGAUAUGAGCAACAUUCUAAAAGAUCCUGAACUAAUGGCAGCAUUUAGUGAUCCAGAAAUAAUGGCCGCUCUUCAAGAUGUCAUGAAGAAUCCCGCAAAUUUUGCAAAACAUCAAUCAAACCCCAAGGUGGCUCCUGUAAUUGCAAAAAUGAUGGGGAAAUUUGGCGGACCCAAGUGAGAAAAAAAAGCUUUUGGAUUGAGCUUUGAAAGUGAGGCAUAUUUAAAUGAAAAGUCUUCUUGGUCGUGAAGAAAGAGCGUGCGCUUGGUCGA